AUGUCUAUUUUCUUGAUGUCAAACUUAAGUAUCUCUAGAUUUGUUCUCGCUGGAUUUCCUGGCCUGGAAGUCCACUAUAUCUUGUUUGCCAUUCCUUUCUCAACCAUCUAUGCAAUGGUGUUCCUGGGAAACUGCAUGAUACUUCAUGUGAUCCGAACAGAGCCAAGCCUGCACCAGCCCAUGUUCUAUUUCCUGGCCAUGUUAGCCCUCACGGACCUGUGCAUUGGGCUAUCCACUGUGCACACGGUGCUGGGCAUCCUUUGGGGCUUUCUUCAAGAUAUCAGCCUUGAUGCCUGCAUUGCGCAGUCUUACUUCAUUCAUGGUUUGUCCUGCAUGGAGUCCUCUGUCCUCCUUGCCAUGUCCUUUGACCGCUACAUUGCCAUUUGCAACCCUCUAUGUUAUUCCUCCAUCCUAACCAAUGACAGAAUCGUGAAAAUCGGAGUGGCCAUCUUAAGUAGGAGUUCUAUACUCAUUCUUCCAGGUAUCAUCCGCCUGAAGUUCUUAAAUUACUGCCGGCCUCAUUUCCUCUCCCACUCUUUCUGCCUGCACCAAGACUUGAUUCGCAUGGCCUGUUCAGAUAUCCGCUUUAACAGUUUCUAUGCUCUGUCUCUGGUGAUUUGCACACUAUUGCUGGAUGCAAUGAUCAUUCUUGCCUCCUACGUGAUGAUCCUGCACACAGUUCUGUCCAUUGCAUCCCGGGAGGAGAGAAUUGGUCUGACCAUGGUUCACCGCUUUGGGAAGCAUCUCUCUCCACUGGUUCAGGUCCUCAUGGGCAACAUUUACAUCCUUUUCCCACCCCUGAUGAACCCCAUUAUAUACAGUAUCAAGACUCAGCAGAUACGAGUGAAAAUCCAGAGACUGUUUUCCAGGAAUGGAACCUAA